AUUGCUACAGGAAGGCUCGCACCGGUUCAUCUGCACCAGGCAUGGGCGAACUUCGGCCCUCCAGGUGUUUUGGACUUCAACUCCGGCUGUUAGGCAUUGUGGGAGUUGAAGUAAUGCAUUUAAGAACAAUGCAUUGGACUUACCUUAACUCACUUAUACAAGUACAGUAGAGUCUCACUUAUCCAACAUAAACGGGCCGGCAGAAUGUUGGAUAAGCGAAUAUGUUGGAUAAUAUGAUUAAGGAAAAGGCUAUUAAACAUCAAAUUAGGUUAUGAUUUUACAAAUCAAGCACCAAAACAUGUUAGACAACAAAUUUGGCAGAAAAAGUAGUUCAAUGUGCAGUAAUGUACAUUACUGUAAUGUACAUUACAGUAGUAAUUACUGUAUUUACGAAUUUAGCACCAAAAUAUCAUGAUAUAUUGUAAACAUUGACUACAAAAAUGGCUUGGAUUAUCCAGAAGCUUGGAUAAGCGAGUGUUGGGUAAGUGAGACUCUACUGUAUAUAUAAAAAUGUAAUGUGUGUUUUUCCCAUGGAGUAAACAACAAAACUACUGAACCAAAUCACACCAAAUUUGGCCACAAAAUACAUAGUCAUCCAAUCUAUGUCUUUCAAACGCAAAAACCUAGAAAAAUAAAGUCCAAAUUAGGGUCAAUUUCUUAAUAUCUUAAUGUCUCAUAGAAAUAAAUGUGUAUGAGUAGUAAUAGGGGCCACCUCUCGUCAAACUCAUUUUUGACAGGUGCCACGCCCCCUUGAAGCAGGAAGUCCUGCCCCUUGAAGCAGGAAGUGCCACCUCCUAAAAGAGGAACUCCCUCCUCCUAAAAACAGGAAAUGCAAUCCUGGGAGACCCUUCCCCCUGAGGUGAAGCCCUCCCACAGCCCACAGCCCACCCCCCCCCACCCCUACCAUAAGCCGCCCAUGUGAUGGGUAUGUCUAUGGUGCAUGUUCCCUACUCCUACUGCAGGAGCUUACCACGUGGUGGGGCAAGCACAGACAUGUUUCAAUGAGGCAUUCAUGGUGAUGCGUAUGGGCUGAAAGGCCCCUUGCCUAGACUGACCCCUCUGCUUGAGGAAAUGGGGCAGCCAGGACCGUGUGCUAGGUCUUAGUGGUGAGCUCUGUGCUCUGUGUCCAACAGCCAAUGGAUUUAGGCCCAUAAGGUCAUCAUGUGAUACUGGGAGGGCCCAUUAGGGCGGAGCUUUUAGGAAUAAAUACUCCAUGUGAGUUUUAGUGCAUCCCUUGACUGCUUUCAGAGGAAUGGAAAAUAUGGAAUUAUCAGAUGCCAGUGUUUCUUCCUCAGAGCUACCUGAUUCAACAGUUGAUGAAUCCCAAAGCAGGAAACGCUUCAUAAGUUCAAGUUCUGAUGAGGAUGAUGACUGUGAUUUAGCUAAAAGAAAAUGUGAGGAAGACCGGGUGGUUUCCGAAUCAGCUAACAGGCUUUUGGAAACACUUUCAUCAGAACCAGCAAUACCAUCCUCUGAGCAGGGGGUUACAGAAAAUUCAUCAGGGGCAGCUAAAGAAGAAGAAGUGAAGUCACCAUCUAUCGCUGCUAUUUGGAAGCUAUGCUGCGUAGCAUCAAGCCAGCUACAAGAGACCCCUGAAAUGAGUGCUAUUCAACGCCCAGGCCAUGUGAUUAUGUCAAGCAUUCUUGGAUUGGAUGUCAAGACUGAAACAGGGAAUGUAGAGCAGAAGACGGUCAUGUUGGAGACCGCCAAAGCAACCGUUUACGGGAUAUUAGAUCACUGUUUAAACGAAAUAUUAUUUGAGGCGUGUCCGGGUUGUCAGAUUUUUGCAGGGAAUCAGAUGAGUCAUGAAUGUGUGUUAUGGAACAACAAAUUCCUAAGCAAAAAAUUGAAGGAUAUUUGUGGAAAUUUAUGCUUCAUAAAUACCCUUCAUAUUUUACUUUUGAUAGGUUACUGUCAAAACUCUCUGUAUAUGACCUCUGAAAUAUUGGACUACAUUAUGAAUUUGGUAACAUAUAUUGGCCAAACUGAUAAGGCUAUUAAAGUUCUAAAUGCUGGAUUGAAGAGUUGCAACCAGGAGAUUCUGCAGCAAGUCAAAACUGUGCUAAAAAACCGUCCAUACAAACAUUAUGUCAAAUUUUGGCCUAUUAUAACUAAUUUUAAGAAAGAGUAAAACUUGCAGCUAUUGAUGACUGUUUUUAAAAAUUCAAAAAAGUGUGUUACAUUGAAAUAAAAUAUAUGGUACUUUCAAUAAUGGGAUAAAAUAAAAUGGAUUUAAAAACAACAUAAUGCUCAAUGUGUUUUUUAUUUGAGGGCUUCCCUUUAGAAGUACAUUUAAUGAACACUCAUAAGUUUUCUAAUGUAUAUAUAUAUAUAUCUAACUAAAUAGAAAAGUGAAAAUGCGUGCCUGUUUAUUGAUCCUUCUGACAAAACAGGAAAUGCAUAUUUCAGUGGUCAUGCCAUGGACAGAUGCUGAUGACUUCUGAAAAACAGAGAUAAUAACCAUCUCUGUGCCUGGAUCUUUAAGUGUUACAUUCCUUUAGAAAUACGACCUUAUAACCCAACAUGACCCAUUUACCAGAAGAUUAUUUUAAAAUGGGUAAAAUAAAAUGGAUUUAAAAACAACAUAAUGCUCAUUGUGUUUUUUAUUUGAGGGGCUUACCUUUAGAAGUACAUUUAAUGAACACUCAUAAGAUUUCUAAUGAUAUAUAUAUAUCUAACUAAAUAGAAAAGUGAAAAUAUGUGCCUGUUUAUUGAUCCUUCUGACAAUCAGGAUAUGCAUAUUUUCAGUGGCGUGGGGCCGGAUGCUUAAGACUUCUGAAAAACAGAGAUAAUAAGCAUCUCUGUGCCUGGAUCUUUAACUGAAUACACAAGGCGAAGUGUGGGCCCCUUUCUUUAACCAUGUAUUAAUAUAUAUAUAUUAAAAUGCAUCAUUGGAAACAUGGUUUAUUUUUACAACCAAAAAUAAAAUAAAUAAUAAAAUAAGGGUCCAACAGAACAACCCAAUGUCUAUAGGGAAGGGAGAGUGUUACAGUCCUUUAGAAAAUACAAGUCCUUAUAGCCCAUCAUGCCCCAUUUAGCAGAUUAUUUUAAAAUGGGGUAAAAUAAAAAUGGAUUUUAAAAAAAACAUAAUGCACAAUGUGCUUUUAUUUGAGGGUUUCCCUUUUGGAAAUACAUUUCAACUACUCUUUAAGGCGUAUAUUGCUAAUUUUCUUCAAUAUACCUUUCCCCAACCCCUUCCCUCAAAAUAAAAAAAAGUAUGAUACCCAUUUAUUUAAUAGAGAUUUAUAUAAAUGUUUCUGUACAACAUGUAUGCCUAACUGCAAAUAUGACCACACCUCAAAAGGAGGGUGUUUGUCUCAUCAGCCAAUGGGAAUUCUCAGUUUAAAAGCGGAUGGAAAGGCGGCCCCAACCAGAAAAGAGGACCCCCUUACGCUUUAAAAACCCUGGGACAUCCUGGGUUCAAUCCUCUGGCCCAUGCAACAUUUCUGGCUGAAUUGAUUCAACAACUCAAACCAUCAGAAAUGAGCAACAUCAACCAACAUUUCUAUCCUAACGUUCAUAUCCAGUACCCAGCCAUCAUAGAAAAUAUGCCGUUACCAGAUGAAAUUACUUAUGAGGAUGUGCAAAUUUCUCAGCUGGAAGUGGAUGAUGCUCAAAUGAUGGAACAAGCACUUCGUCAUGAGGAUGCUGAUUUCAAGACUGUGGAGAAACCAAAGGCUAUUCCACCAACUUCCAAGCAUGCAGAUAAGGAGACCAACAUGCCCACUCCAAAGACUACCAAUCUAUCAACUUCAAAAACUCGAGGAACCCGCUUGAAGCGAGCCAGGCCAGAAACUCAGGAAUCAGCUAGACCUCAAAAGAAGAAGAAAGGCAACAAUGACAUUGUGCUGAAUUCGGAAGAUGAUCAUGACUGUGAAAUUAUGAGCACUGCGGGGGAAUGCUUUGCUGAAAUUCGUAGAUUGAACGAUGAAGCGGACGACAAUUAUAAACAGUCUAUUGCUUUAAAAAUGAGAUUGGAUCAAAUCGUCGGUCAUGAAAUUCCAAAACUUCUCAAAGCAAUUAAAGCAUGUAAAAAUUAUAACCCUCUUACAAACUCAACUCACUAUCAGAUAGGUAGAGGGUUGCACAAGCGGGGUAGAAGAAAGCAAAAGAAGCUCACACCUAGAGAACUGUACUGGAAAAGGAGACGUAGAUUGAUAACAAAGGCGAGAAAAACUCUUGCCAGGUCCAGAAGUAAACAAAAACAUAAAAGCAAUAGAGACUCAAUGAGGUCAGACCCGGCUUCUUCUUCCAGUACAGACACCCAGAGGGAUGGACAUUCUCCUGAACCUCAACAGGUAGAAUCCCCAUCUAACGAGGUUGAGUACCGACCUCAACAGGAAGACACCUCUGGUGAGGAGGAUGAUGGGUCACCCCCUGUGUUUGCAGAAUGCGUGCACAGGUGGCAAUUUACCUUUCCUAGUUAUAACACAUUGCGGAUCGGGGAGGUAUACCGUUUCAGAAAUUUAGAAACCGUGAGGUCAUAUGCACAGGUUAUAAAUGCAUUAUACACAGCGAUCCAGGGCAUCUUAGACAAUCUGAACCAGAGAAUUGAUCCCGAAGAUUUUGUUCAGGUGAGAUUAGAAGCCUCAGGGUUACGAAAUCCACUCUUCUCUUUUAAAAGAAGUAGGGAUCUCUUUAAUGCUGAGGAGUUUCUAGUCCAGCUGAGUCGUCUAUUACAGAGCAAUAUGGAAAUCUGCGCUCAUGGUGAUUUUGAGCUCGUGGUCACUAUAACAAAACCGCCACAAGGUGGAGCACGUCGAAAACUGAGUUCCAUUCCAGCCAGUGAAAUAAUUGCUAGGAAGAGACAGUAUCUGAUAGACCUGAAUUAUGCAGGUGGCAAUAUGUGUUUUGCUGGAGCUUUAUUUGGUGUUAUGAGUUUACAUAAACCCACAGAUUCAGAAAUGUUGACAGCUGCUCAAAAACUGCAUAUGGAACUCGGAUGGUCUGAUCAAAAAAAGGUAACCCUUAAUGAUAUUUCUACUGUUGAACAACAUUUAAGAGUCAAUAUCGAUGUUGCUUAUUACUCAAAAAAGUCAGAGUGGGCUCUGUUUAAAACACAGGGCCCCAUUUAUCCUCAAGCCUAUACUCUACUCUUACAUGAUGAGCAUUUCUAUGGGGUUCUGAAUGUAAAAGCGCUAUUUGGCAUCCGAAACUACUGUCAAUUUUGUCGCAAACUCUAUAAUCAUGACCAUCAUUCAUGUCUAUUUUAUUGCAGAAUGUGUUUGAGAAAGGGGUGUGAUAAUGUGAUAGGGAAACAGGUUCGAUGCCCCCGAUGUAAGUUUCAUUGUAGGUCUGAGGCUUGCUUAAAAUUACACCAACAGCUGGGUUUAGAGAAGAAAGUCAAAUGUCUAGCGAGAAUGUAUUGUACAAAGUGUCGAUAUUAUCAGGAGCUGGAUCACGAUGAUGAAAAGUGUAAAGGGAGACAGUGUACGGUCUGCUGGGGUUACAUUGUUGAAGAUGAGGGUCAUUUGUGUUACAUGCAACCGCUUAAACAGCCAAAGCUUUCUGUGAAAUAUUUAUUUUACGAUUUUGAAUGUCACCAGAGUACGGGGGCUCACGUGCCGAAUUUUUGCUUUGUAAAAGCUUAUUCUGGGGAGACUGUGGAGUGUUUUAAACCAGAUUUUGUGGAGGAGAAUAGUGGGUCUGAAGACAGUGAUGGUGAAAUUGAGGUGGAAGGGGAAAGGGAGCCAUGGAAGUUUGCAGGCAAAACCUGGGAAUUUAAGGGCGAAAACUGUAUUGAACAAUUUAUUAAAACGUUUACAAAAGAUGGAGCCUUUAAAGAUGCAACAUUCAUAGCUCACAAUUCAAAGGGAUAUGACUGUUAUUUUAUACUCCGACAGUUGGUGAAAGAAAAACUGGAUGUUGAAAUUAUAGCACAGGGUGGGAAGUUGAUCUGUGUUACUGUGGUAGGACUCUCCAUAAAAUUCAUUGACUCACUCAGUCACCUACCCAUGGCACUCUCUAAAUUACCAAAGGCUUUGGGAUUUGAGGAUGCCAAGGGGUAUUUUCCACAUUAUUUUAACAAGCCUGAGAAUUGGGAUUAUGUAGGGCCAAUGCCACAGCCCGAAUGCUAUGGCGUAGAAUACAUGAUGCCUGCUGAAAAGGCAGCCUUUACAGCCUGGUAUGCAGAGAACCAGUCAAAAACCUUUGAUAUGCAGAAAGAGCUUGCAUUCUAUUGUCAGAAGGAUGUUGAGAUUUUGGAGCAGGCCUGUACCAAGUACAGACAUGAAAUAGUGCAGCUCACAAUGGGUAUAAGAGAAGUCAUGGUAGGCAAGAAAAAAGACAAAGUCAAGAGGUACAGGGUCGCUAUUGAUCCUUUUCAAUACCCUACCAUUGCAGGUGUGGCUCUCGCCAUGUAUAGGUUCAAAUUUCUUAGGGUAAAUACUAUAGCGAUUCCAAGUUGUAAUGAUUACCAUAAUCAGUACAAGCGAUUCUCAUCCGCCUCUAUACAGUGGCUCUCUUUUGUCAGUCAUAAGGAAAAAGUUGAAAUACGUCACGCAUUGAAUGGUGGGGAGGUUAAAGUUGGAAAUUAUUUUCUGGAUGGUUUUGCAGUUGUGGAUGAUAAGAAAGUUGCCUAUGAGUAUUUCGGUUGUUUUUUUCAUGGUUGUUUGAUUUGUUAUUCUCCAGAGGAGGACAACCCCGUGGUGGGGAAAUCUUACGAGUUUCUUUUUAACGCGACACAGAAAAGGACCGCGGAGCUCCAAAGCCUAGGGUUUGAAGUGCGUUCCAUUUGGGAGCACGAGUGGAGAAAUAUGGUAAAAACAGAUUUGGAAGUCCAGGCUUAUCUUGCAAAAGCCAGUUUUCCUGAACCCCUAAAACCUCGCGAUGCGCUUUUUGGGGGUCGUACAAAUGCAAUAUGCCUCUAUUAUAAACCUAAAGAUGGGGAAUCUGUGAAAUAUUAUGACUUUACUAGUCUGUACCCCUAUGUAAACAAAACAAAAGAGUACCCCUUGGGGCAUCCUGAAAUCAUUUACAAGGAUUUCAAGCCCCUUUCAAAUUAUUUUGGACUAGUUAAGGCCAAGGUUUUUCCCCCUAGAAAUCUCUAUUUUCCAGUUUUGCCUUCCAGAAUCUCUGGAAAACUCAUGUUCGUACUGUGCUCAACCUGUGCAGAAGCACGACAUCUGGACCCUUGUGACCACACAGAUGAGGAAAGAGCGUUAAUUGGAACAUGGUGUACAAUCGAGUUGAAUGUAGCUAUAGAGAAGGGCUACAAAGUUGUUGAAAUUUAUGAGGUGUGGCAUUUUGAGCAUCGUUCUGCAGAUCUGUUUUCAGGGUAUAUAAAGAUGCAUCUUCGUCAAAAGCAGGAGGCUUCAGGUUACCCACAGUGGUGUGUGAGUAAACAAGAUAAAUCUAAAUAUAUAAGGGAUUAUCAUGCACGGGAGGGGGUGCGUUUACGCAGAAACAAGAUUGCAGUGAAUCCUGCAAAACGUCAAAUUGCCAAACUGUUUUUAAACUCAUUGUGGGGCAAGUUUGGACAGAGAACAAAUUUACCUGUCACACAAGUACUGAGAGAUCCUGAGGAUUUCUUUCAGAUUCUAUUUUCUGAUGCUUAUAAGGUGUCCAUGUCUGAAUGUCUGGAUGAUGAGGCUGUCUGUCUCUCAUGGAAAUAUUCAGAGGACCGUGUGACAACCGCUGGGCGUAAAAAUGAAUUCAUAGCAUGUUUUACCACUGCUUAUGCUAGACUUGAACUCUACAAGUUGCUAGAUAAAUUAGGUAGACGUGUUUUGUAUCACGACACGGACAGUGUCAUUUUUGUGAGUCGGGAAGGGGAAUGGGAACCGCCUCUAGGAGAUUAUUUAGGGGAUCUUACUGACGAAAUUUCAUCAGGCCGGUCUAUCACAGAAUUUGUCAGUGUAGGUCCAAAAUCCUAUGGAUAUAAAUUGACUGAUGGCACAGCUUGUUUGAAAGUUAAGGGAAUCACCCUGAAUAGUGCUAACUGUGAGAAAAUUAAUUUCAGCAGUCUAAAAGACUUGGCAUUCGCUUACGUCUCGGACAAGAAAGGCUGCCAGCCUCGUGAAAUUGUGAUACAUCAGCCGGGUAUUGUUCGAAAUAAGCGUCAGUGGACGCUUCAUACGAAAACCCUCAAAAAAACACAGAAGGUUGUUUUUGAUAAAAGAGUAAUUAAAGACGGAUUUACAACGCUCCCUUAUGGAUACUGAUUUGCAGACCCGAUGGCAGCAUCCCUUCUCUGCUAUUCUAGCAGGUCCGAGCGGCUGUGGUAAAACCUUUUUUAUAAAAAAUAUGCUGGAUAAUGCCGAUCAUGUGUUCUCUGUACUACCUCAAAAUAUUGUGUGGUUUUACAGUUGCUGGCAACCCCUGUACAAUGAAC